AGCUCGACGCGCACAGGUGCUCGAGCAUAAACUAACUAAAGAGAGGGAGAGAGAUUAAGAGAAAGCCGAAAUGAAGGUGAGUUACCAACUGCUCCUUUGGAUAAGCAACGCAAAUGCAUGACUGAUGCACUUCUCUGCACCUCGACUCAGGUCUUCGUUUGUCUACUGGCCACGUUGGGAGUCUGUAAUGCCACCUUUUUGUCGCUUCUGGGCGGAGGAGGUGGUGGCGGCGGCGGCGGCGGUGCUGGCGGCACCACCUACAAUGUGAUAGCGACACCAACUAGUAUUGGUGGGGGCGGAGGUGCUCACGGAAAUGGGCAUGCCUAUGCACAUGGAGGAGGCGGCGGCGGCGGUGGAUCUUAUAGCCAUGGACAUGGUGGCGGCGGCGGCGGCUCAGCGCAGCUUAUCAAAGUCAUUCUGGAAGAUGGACACGGAUACGGCAAUGGCGGCGGAGCUGCAGGCGGACACAGUUAUGGACAUGGCUAUGCCAGUGGUCACAGUCACGGCUCCUAUGGCGAGCAGGUGUACAAGGUGAUCGAGCACGCAGCACCCGCUGCGCCAGUGGCUUAUCAUGCGAACAGCGGCGGCUCUGACUACUCCUACGGCCAAUCCUAUGCCGCUGGUCAUGGCUAUGGCGGAGGUGAUGCCUCCUACCACAACCAGCAGUUGAAAGCAAUUCUGCCCCAGAUCAUACAGCUGGUGCUGCAGGAGGAUGCACUGUACGGUGGCGGCGGCGGCGGCGGCGGCGGCGGCUAUGGCAAUGUGGAUGCCAUUAAUAACCAGCUGAUUGACACCUUUGGCCACCGGGGCAAGGCCAUUAUAAUGCGCGCGGAUAAAGCGCAGGGUGCCUUCUUCAAGAGCGGCCAUGUCGUGCAACGCGGCACGCUCAAAGUGAUGCGCGUCCAGGAGAACCAGCAGCAGCAGCAGCACGUGGGUGGUGGCGCCUCAAACGCUGGUUGGAGCAAAGGUGGAGCCUCAGGCGGCGGCGGUGGCUGGAGCAGCGGUGGCUCCGCAGGCGGCGGCUGGAGCAGCGGCGGCGCCUCAAGCGGCGGUUGGAGCAGCGCUCAGCCCGCCGGCUGGUAG